GCGCCAUCCUAAAAAGCAAUUUACACAAAUUAUUUCUCUUAUGAGAAAGGUUUAACUUUGUUCCUGUUCUAAGAACCCUGGCCACCAGCAGGUGGUGUUUCUGGAAAUGUCAAGUAGCUUUUUCCCCCCUACAGAUGAAAUGCAAAACUCCACCUGCAACACUGGUGAGUUUAUGCAAGGCUGAGGCUUCACAUACUCUGCAAAAUAGGCUUGUUUUAUCCAUGUGAUUUUUCAGCUGAACAAUCCUAAGAAGCAUGAGGAUGAUGAUGUAUACCUGAAAAUAUAAAUACAAAUAGGCAAAAUGGGAUCAACUUGAAGGUAGGAAAACUGGAAUUUAUAUUGUCAGUUUAGCAAAUGACCCUUUGCAGCUGCUAGAUUACUCUCAAUAGAAUAUUCCUCUUUGGACAGUCCAGGGGCUUUUAAAAUCAUACUGCAUAGAACAGUAAUUAUUGCUUUUUAACUAUCUAAAACACGCUUAGUUAUGAUCGGCAAAUAAAUCUCUUCAUUACUGAUCAGCUGAGCUGUAGGUUUGAAUGAACUACAUAACCUUUAAAAAUGCUAGGGGCAGAACAGAGGAUGAAAUGAACAUUAGGUACAACAAAAUGGGAAAAUACGAGAGAAAAGAUGCUUGACUAGCCCUAGUAGAAAAGAAACCAGCAGAAACAGGGUUAAUUCUAGCCUUAUAAGGCUGUUCAGCAGCACUUCAACUGCACACAAAUUAGAACAACCCUGGGAAUCUAUAAAGCUUGUUUUAUUGCCAAGGACAUGCAGCAAGAUCUGCAUUUUGCUGCUGUAAACUAUCCUUUAUUUAAGACAUUUUAAAGCAGAAUAGACUUUUAUAUGAUGUUUUUUACUGCUGCAUCAUCAACAGGUGGCAUUCGCUGCAGCUUUACACACCUAAAUGCAAGUUCUCCCCGACACGACUGCUGAAGUUGGCACAUCCAUUAAGCGUGUACCCGAGCAAGAAACAGCCUUCUGUUGACUGGAGGAAAAAUCAGCUCUGCAGAAAUGGAAUUAAGGUCCAAGGAUGUUCAUUGAUUAUUAAAAGAAAACAAAUGGAGCUAAAACUCUACCUUCCAGCCUGUCUGAAGAAACACCGUUGAUGAAAAGCUUUUGUUAAAGAGACCCAAGUACCAUAAUGGUAAAAAGAUUCCUACAUGAUUUUAAGGCAUACAGGAACUGCAAAUUCUCUCAUUUGCGAUGUAUUUAGUGUCCUGUAAAAAAAACCUUAAGAAAUUUACUCUAUGUACUGUUAUAUUUCAGUCAAUGUUAACUAAUUUGACUUCUAAAGAAUUCUAAUUUCCUAAAUGAAAGUGUAUAUCUUUUUUCAAUCCAAUCAAAAUGCUUACCUUGAACUUGGCUGAAAACAACAAAAAACCUGAUUUUUUUGGCAUUACCACCAAACUGUGAGUACCAGUAUCUUUUCCGCAGAUAAUUCAACCAUGGAAGCUUACUCUGCCUCAUUAUCACCCAUUAUAUGUAAUGGCACAACUUUUAACCUAAAUGGAUCACAUUUGUGUAAUGAAAGCUUAUCUUCUAGAUUAGCUGAUAAAACAGAACACCAACAAUAUGUUAUUGGUCUUUUCUUAUCAUGUCUUUACACAAUAUUUCUUUUUCCCAUUGGUUUUGUAGGAAACAUUCUGAUACUGGUUGUCAACAUAAGCUUUCGUGAAAAAAUGACUAUUCCAGACCUUUACUUCAUAAACCUUGCAGUAGCUGAUCUCAUUUUAGUUGCUGAUUCUCUUAUUGAGGUUUUUAAUCUUGAUGAAAAGUACUAUGAUAUCACUAUUAUCUGUACCUUUAUGUCUUUGUUCCUUCAGAUCAACAUGUAUAGCAGCAUUUUCUUUCUGACAUGGAUGAGUUUUGACAGAUACAUAGCACUGGCAAAAGUAAUGAGGUCCAACAUAUUUCGCACUAUGCAACACGCUAGAAUAAGCUGUGGUCUCAUAUGGAUGGCAUCUAUUUCUGCAGCACUAGUUCCAUUUACAGCUGUGCAUUUACAACACACCGGAGAGGUCUAUUUUUGUUUUGCAGAUGUAAAAGAAAUCCAAUGGCUAGAAAUAACCUUGGGGUUUAUUAUCCCCUUUGUGAUCAUCGGUCUUUGUUACUCACUAAUUGUUCGAGUUCUUAUAAAAGCCCACAAGCACAGGAGUCUUCGUCUGCGGCGACAGAAGGCUCUUCGAAUGAUUUUUGUUGUUGUCUUGGUUUUCUUUAUAUGCUGGCUACCUGAAAACGUCUUCAUUAGUGUUCAACUUCUUCAGAAGAAAAGCGAGCCUGUGUCUUCAAGCAGCCCAUCCUUCAGACAUGAUUAUCCUUUAACAGGACAUAUUGUGAACCUAGCAGCUUUUUCUAAUAGCUGUUUGAACCCUUUAAUUUACAGUUUUCUAGGAGAAACCUUCAGAGACAAACUGCGACUGUACAUUGAACAGAAAACAAAAAUGUCAACAUUGCACCGCUUUUGUCAGGCUGCCUUCACGUCUGUCAUUCCUGACAGUAAUGAGCAAUCAGAAGUCUGAUUUAGGAGUAGCUGCAUAAAACAUAUGACUGUGAAGUUGUGCAAACAGUGAACAAAAUGCUUUCUACUAACAGAAAAGAGUGCAUUUGUGUGUGUGUGUACAUAUAUAUAUAUUAGUAUCACUCUACUGAGUAUUGAAGGUUUAUAUUCAAAAUGUUUUUAUGACAAGACUUAAAUGUAGAAGCAUAUGUUUUAGUCAGAUUUAAUUAUGAACAGGAUUAUUAAAAGCUGAGCACUGAAGGAGCUUUAUUUUAUAUUACGUAUGUAUGAACAACAAUAUGGGGGAAAAUUUUAUCAAGUUACAAUGACUCCAGAUGUAACCUGCUGAUCAGAGAUGCUACUUUGCUGGUGUAUAUAAAGCACUUCCACCGAAAUAAUGAAGCUGCCGUAGCAGUGGGGAAAAAAAAUCAUUACAACUUAUUGACAUGGAGAUGCAGAAAACAUUGAUUUUUUUAUCCAACUAUGUUAAGAUAAAUUACUUUGCUUAGAAGAACUACAGAGUACUAUUGUCACUGUAUUCUAGCAUGUCUUCCAUGAUGAGCUUUCUCUAAAUCUUAAUAUAAUCUAGCACGGUGGUUAGUUUUCGUCUCAUAAAUGUAAUCUACUGUUUACAUCGGCACUUGAUCAAAACUGAAAUCAUCUGUAACCAUAUUGCUCAUCCCAAAGAAUUUCACAGAAGCAAAAUGUAAUGCUUCAUUCUACCCUUUAAGGAUUGCCCAAGACAAUCUUUCCCAGGAGAGACAUAAUUGGGCCUUUCAUGAAAAAGACCAGUGCGCAUAUACCUACAUUCAUAUCUGCCUUCAGAUUUAAAUGAAAGUUACACAGGAUCUCUUUACAUUUAGCAGCCUAUUUUGAUUGCCAGGACAAACUGCUGUGGGUUUAAAGUUUCAUUCUUACAAAAGAGUAUAAAAAAUGCUUAUGAAAAUGACAGAAGCCCAAGGUUUUAGAAAGGAAGAAUUUAUGCAAUUGGGAGCGUGAUUUGUUAUUAUCAGAUCUGCACUUUGUGCACCCUUCAUCCCAUCUCCAGAAACUACGGGCCUUUCAAGAUUUUAAGAUGCAUGUUGGUUGCUUUGUUCAUCUGAAGAUUAAUUAUACUAAGAAAACAAAGGUUAGCACCAUGUACUUGAAAAUGAUAGUUUUCAAUUUCUGCUAGAAAAUAACUUGGGUUUCAAUCUUAUUGAGGUUUAGCAUAAGCUACUGCUGAACUUGUUCAGAGGAAGCUAUAAAGUUGCUAGAGAUUAGUGUGCAAGGUCAUUAAAACAUUACCUGCUGCAUCUCUGAAGCAAACAAACUCAUUUCACCUCUGUGCUCAUUGAGUUAAAGCACCAGAACUCUACAGAAUAAGAUGCUUUGUUCUAUUUUCAAAUGUCACAUAUGAAUUAAUUAGCACAUUAAUGGAUUUUAAAGAAUUUUUAAAGAUACACACAAAACAAUAACUAAAGUUACUAAGCAAUAAAAAAAAAAACACAACAGUGAAAACAAUGAUUCCACUCAUAUUUCUCACGCAGUAUUUAGAGCUUCCUAGUGGAAGCUUUGGCCACAAAAGACCUGACCUAUAAACAGAAAGGCCACAAGACGAUGACUGAAUUUGAAAUAGAUAGCUAAGAUAUUCCUGCAAGUGAAAUAGAACUGCGGGGUGGAGUUUGUGGCAACUGCUGAUUUUUGGCAAGUGACUGCUAAUUACAGUCUAAGGAAAAAUGUCAUUUAGUCACAUCUUCCCUGUAGAACACCAAACAGAUCUUCUCCCAAGAAAGGUGCAAGCAAUGUCAUGCCUUCUCUGCAUAGAACGAAUCACUGAACACUUAGAAGAAAUAUCACAGCACCUUGCUCCAUCACACGCUGCCCUUCUUCCUCAUUAUACUCACUUUAGAAUUAGCCACAAUUACUCGUGUCCUAGUGACUGCCAAUGUACAUUAAUCACACCUUGAAAGAUGGCUAUUUUAGACAACAGAGAACUGAAGGAAUGGAUAAUUCUCUUGGCAAUACAAUUCUGUGAAGUCAGACACAUCUUCAGAGGUAACAGAUGUAUUAGGUUCGUGUCAUUUUGACACUUGCCAUGAAUAAAUAAUGUACUUGGGGUUACAGAAAUACACUUCCCUGUUGUAUUUGUUGCUUAUUUUGUUUUUAUAGGAAUAAACUUCUUUCCCCUCCUCCUUCCUUCCAAUAAAGGAAUCUACGUUUUGAUCAAGGCUACAGUAGAAGCCCUUUCAUCACCACUGUAGGUAACAAACCAAGAAAGCGGUUUUGUUCAGACCCUUAUUAUAAUAAACAGACAAUAAUAUCAAACACCUGCUCAUCCAUAUGAUGAAAUAGUUUGUUUCUACACGAUCAUAUGCAAUAAUGUCCUGCUAUCACAGUGAAAUCUAGUAAAGAACAGAUUACUACAGUAUGAAGAAAACAGUAUUUACUCAAGCUGGAAUGACCUAUUGAAUACUUAAAACCAAAUUACAAAUCUAAGCUACUCGA